CUGGCGGCUUUGGAGCUGUUAACUCACCGCUGACGGUCAUUAAACUUCAGUCAUGAUAAGAAACGAGGUUUUCUCCUGUUUUGUUUUCUACGCGGUCCUGCUGGUGAUUAAAAUGUACACCAUCGCGGUCAUAACGGGACAAGUCAGGCUGCGCAAGAAGGCUUUUGCCAACCCAGAGGACGCGCUCAGACACGGAGGGUUACAGUUUCACAGAGAGGAUCCAUAUGUGGAAAGAUGCCGGAGGGCUCACCUGAACGACUUGGAGAACAUCCUGCCCUUCCUUUUCCUGGGGGCUGUCUACUCCUUGACCGGACCUUCGCUAACAGUGGCUCGUUUUCACUUUGUCGUGUUUUUUCUCGCCCGUGUUUUGCACAGCCUUGCCUACCUGUUGGCUUUGCAAGCACCUACCCGCUCUCUGGCCUACACUGCUGCACAGGUACCCUGUGUUUCCAUGGCUGUGCAGAUCCUCAUGUCAGUGGCAGCUUACGCCUAGCAUUUAAAGACUUUUGGAGAAAAGAAAACCAGAAAACUCUUUGGAAAUCAUCAGAGGGGUUAACUACGGGUUCCUUUGGAAAGACAGUUGGAGUGCAAUAUAAGGUGUUGAUUUACGCCUGUCUCUUUUUUUUUUUUUAUUUCUUUUAAAGUAAGAAAAUGUCAGUAUUUUAUUAUGUUUAAAAAUGUGAUAUCUUAACAUAUUUUGAAGUAUAAUGUUACAAUGCCAUGGACUGUUCUAGUGUACCUAAUGAAGUUUGUUGCUGAUCUGAAAAAAAAAACAACAACUUUGAAACCUUUUAUAAAUACAGUUUUUGUUUCAAAGCCAAUUUGGGCUGUUUUUUUGUACAGUGGCUAAGAGGCACAAAUAAAAAGUACUGCAAACUAAAAUUUGGACCAGGACACAAAAUGUAUGCAAAGAAGCAAAGUUACUGCAAAUACAUAAAUGAUGCUAAGGAAAAAAUGACUGAAUGACUGAAAUACUCCAGACCACUAGAGGGACAUGAUCAUCUGCUCAUUUGGAAUAGGACCCUAAGUAAAGACAUAAAAAGGAUUCUCAGAGACAGAAGCUCCUUCCAAAUUGUGCAAAGUAAAUAGUUAGAACACUGUCCAGGGUAGGAAAGAGAUUCAGACUGCUGUGCAGUUUGCAGCCUUAUGGACGUUAUUGCACGGUGGACACACACACGAACCAGGCUGGUCAGAUCGGGACUAAACCUUUUCUGUAGAAGAACUACAAAGAACAGAAGUUACACAAAGUUCUAAUCAAUAAAACCCACUCACUUAGCUGCAUCUUUUUCAAGCUGACAGAAAGCUCUUUGAAAUGGUUUUAUUGGGCAGUAUAAACUUAUUUUUAAGAAAUGAGAUUUCACGUCAACCUGCACCACAGCGCUACAGCCGUACACAUGACAUCACUAUGCGGAUGAAGAUUCUCAGUCAUCCAGGUCAUAGUCAUUCCGUAAAAGUUCAAAAAAUAUCCACUGGACUUGGUUUCCAAGAUUUGAAGACGUUUCGCCACCUCUCCAGGAAGCUUUCUCAAUUCAAAU